GGCGCCAGAUCUAUUCCGAUACAUAUAAGUCAUACAUAUUACAUAACCUCGAGUUCACCGACUCGCUAUUCUCUCUCUUUCUCCUGCCUCUCUGAUCUUAUACGGAGUGUUGAAUCUCAGGUAAUUAAGAGGGGUGUGGUGGAGAAAAUCUCUAACAGAGAUUGUCAUGGAAGACCGGCAUAUAGGUUCAAAACAAUAAAGGCUAUAUAUGAAUCAGAAAAUGCGAAAAAUCUAGGUUCCUGCACAACACUUGAGCAGCAAGGAGAGAGGUUGAUGGGUUUGCCACUUGGUUGUGGUGGGGUCAAGGUUGACAGCCCAGUUCUCACAGGCAGCAGAAAAAUCAAAAGUGAACCUGAAUUUUGCGACAUAUAUGAGGACGUUUGUGAUAACAAAAGAAACGGUAAUAUGGAUGACUUUAGCCUCAGUGAAAUGACAUUAAAGCAGCUUAAGGAGAGACGCAAAACAAAGAAGAGGAAACUUUCAAAUUCUGUUGACGUGAAAAAAGAAGAACCAUGCUCCCAUCCUAAUGAUGAUUAUACCAAGUUGCAACCGAAGGAAGAUGAAUCUGAUCUGGAAGAAACUCUCAGCAAUUGGAAAUUAAAACUGUUGAACAAACCAAAGGCUAAACGGAAGCGCAUCAGGAAACAAGUGCAUUCACCUUCUAAAUCUGCAGUUUCAGUUUCAGUAUCUGAGCAGACUCUAAGUGUCCCUCAAGAUUCACCUCGAAGUACAGGGGAUCUAAAUGGACCCAUUAAAACUAAGAUUGAGAUUUCAGAACUUUGUUUUUCAGAUUGCCAUGAGUUGGAUGCUCUUACCUUUGGUGCUACCCCCGAUACCCAUUCUACAGUGGAUGCUACUGCAAAAGUAUCUGAUGAAGUGGCAAGAAUUUCUAACAGGAGUGAGUUGUCUAUUGGAGAGUCAACUUCUCUCACUACAGAAUCUCCAAUUCGUGUUGUUACAGAAGUCUCAAAUGAAUAUUUGGAACAUGAGAAUUCUCUCUCUCAUCCUGCAAGUGCAGUAGUGGGGGAGGUAAUGGAAGGUGGGUUUUCAGAGGUGAUCGGUCAAGAAACUCUUUCUUCCCCUGUUUCUGAAUUUGAUGCAAAUGUUAGACUCAUUCGGUCAAUUCCUAGCGCAGGCCCCAUUGAGGCACCAUGCGUCACCAACAAGCCAGGUUAUGAGAUUUGUAACUGUGAAAGCUAUUCAUUUGUGCAGGGGACAUCAUGUGAAAUAGAUAGCAGUUCUUGUAUUCCUAUGCCUUGUAGUUUAAAUGGUGAUAACAUAUAUGAUGGUGAAUAUAUGUUAAAUAUGGAAUCCAAAGGUGGCAGCAAGGAGGAUGCCCCUCCUGAUCCUGAAACCGAUGCUAUAAGAAAGUCUGACAUCCUUUACUUGUCAUUUCAAAGUCCCCAUCCAUGCUCUAAUUCUCUUAGUGAUUUUAGUUCUUUUUAUUGUACUUCACCUACAAUUGAGGAGAAGCAGAAUCACUCAUCUUUGUCAAUAGAGGAACCUGUGUCUGCUUGCGUGGAUAUGGAAAGUGAGGGUGACAUCAAGGAGGAUGACCCUCCUGAUCCCGAAAUCAGUGUUACGAAUGACCCUAACAUCUCAUCUCAGAGUUCUCAUACAUGCUUGAAUCCUCCUAAGAAUUUGAGGGAUUUUAAUUCUGCAACUGACAUGAAACACUCAUUUCCCACAAAAGAGGGACUAGAGUCUAAUAUUGCUGGGUUAAGAGACUGCUCUGUGGGUACUAAUCCUUCUGAUGAUACUGAAAGCUGUAUAGCCAUUGAAGUGCUUAAGAAUUUCCAUGCUUUGAAGCUGCAAAGUCCUCCCAAAAGGCUUUUCAGCGCCAGAAAGGUCAUUUCUCCAACUUCUCAGAAAAAGCUGCGUCAAACUGUGGAUGCUGAUUACUUACAUGAUGACAUUGGCCUUUCCAAGUGUAGGGAGAGACUGCGUUUUGGGGAACAAUCUAAGAAUAGGGUUUCUUCCGCAAGACCUGACCCUGAGGGAGUUGAAGUCAAAGUAAAUCUUCAGAGGAUCAUCUUGAAACCCAAGAAUGAAAAGAGUAAACCUAACUUCUUGGUUCCUAAAGGAAUUCUCAAGUCUCCAAAUGUUUCCUGUGCAAUACCGCGUGCUGCAACUGAAAACACCUAUAUGCACCGUCAUGCAGAGAGUGCUAUUGCAUUCUCUCAGCGCCAGAUGCGUGACAUUGAGUGUCUUGCAAUGAAGCUAGUGAAAGAGUUGAAGUCCAUCAAGGACAUAGUCGAAGAUAAAUUGCACUCUGAAGUUUAUACAGCUACAUCUUCUAAAUAUACUGUGGAUGAGACGAUAGUAGCUAUUCAGAAUGCUGGAGUAGUUGAAGAGACUACAAGAAAGUGGCUCUCAAUGAUGGCAAAAGACUGCAGCCGUUUCUGUAAAAUUAUGAGGUCAUCUGGGAAGAAGACUCCUGCUGCCCCAAUAUCUGGUUAUGGACUUCACAAGGACAGAAAGAGGAUAAUCUUUGCAGAUGAAGCUGGUGGGCCUCUCUGUCAUGUCAAGGUUUUCGAAGAUCAACUAGCUUCUCUCUCUGGCUCUGAAUGUGAAAAUGAGAAACAUCAAGCUACUAAAACCGAAAGCAAUGCUUGUUGUACAUUACAGUGUUGAUAUUGGAAAUGCCAAUUUCAUGCUCCAAGAUAUGAAGCUCCAAAUCACUUUUGGGGUUUUGAGGAUCCAGCAACUGAUUUUAAGGCCAUUUAAAAGGUUAUGAUAAGCCUAAGAGCUCUGAUCUUAUUAUUUAGGUUUUUGGUGGUUCUCCGUGGCAAUUUUUCGUGUAGUGUUAAUUUAAAAUUUUAUUUAAAUUUGAUAGCUUAUCCUGUAAUAAUUGAAGCACCUUGAUAAAGAAGUAUGAACUGAGUUUUCGUUCAA